AUGUCAAAAUCAGGGAAAACAGCAACUCCAGAUGUCAAUUCAAAAGAGAAAAGUUCACUGCUAGAUAUUGAUAUUGGAAAAGACUUUCUUAGCUCAUGGAAGUCUAUGUCUGCGGCAGACAAUGGAAUGGAUUUUGACUUCGGACCAACUGCCAAAGGCAAGAAAAAGGAUUUUAAAUUUGACAAAAUGGAUCCGGAUUUCUAUCUUGAUGCUGAUUUUGACAAGUUAUCAUCUUUUAAGAUGGACAUGUCUGAUCUUGAUAUAUCUUCUCCACCAAAGAAACCUGGAAAAUCAAAGGGAAGGUCUAAAGAAACAUCUUCUGGUGGAGAACGUAGAGCGAAAAGAGAUAGCUUUGCAUUCCCAUUUGAUUUUGAAGAGUUUGCAGAUUUAGAUUUUGAGCUGACAAAGACAAAGAUAGAUGAGAAGUCCAACAAAUCUAAAGAUAAGGAAAGACACUCAAACAUAAGUGGCAGUGGAGUUUCUGGAGACCUUUUGGCUAAAGAUGUUGAUGCAUCAGAGGAUGAUAAUAUAUCAUCAAAGCAUCCAGCAUCACUGGGUGCUGCCAUUUCGAAGAUUGAUGCUCAAAUGGAUAAGAUUAAGGAUUCUGAUCCCAGAAAUGAGGAUGAACACUUGAAAUCUGUACUAGACCUAAAACCUUCAAAUGCUGAAGAAAAGGAGAUGCAUAAACCUAUUUCAACUCAGGAGAUGAUUUCAUGUAGUGUUGAGGAACCUGUACAAGAAUCUCACCCAUCAGAGAAGAGACCUUUUCCACAACCUCAUGCUCAGCAAGUUGCUCAAGAUUUAUAUGAUCACUCUUUAGUUGAUAGUGUUUCUACUGAGGUUACUAUUUCAGACGUGCAACAAGAAGAAUUCAGAACUGUGGUUAGAACAGUUAGCUUGAGCACAGGGGCAGAGCAAAAUAGUAAUGUGAGGCAUGUUGCUGAAUUGGUUCCUACUAGAAAUUCAUCAUUUGAAAAUUCAUCAGCACAUAUGAAUUCACAAAGUCAAAAGGGUGAAAUGUGUAUGGAUGAUAAUCUACAUAUUGGCAAUAUCGAUGGUGAUGACACAAGAAAAGCUGAUUCCCAUCUUGAGAGUUCCAUGACGCCUGGGAUAGAGAAUUUUGCUCAUAAUGAAAUGAUUGAUAAGAGGAAUGGAGAUUCAGUUUCGAAACUUCAUAUGGGCUCACUGGACAGCCGUUCAAAAUAUUUCAUGAGACAAAAUAGAGGCGAAUCUGAAUUGCAGCAAGCAUCAGUCUCUAGGACAAAACUCAUCUCUGUUGGCAACAAAAAAAUGAGCACCUUACCAAAUAAUCCUGCACUUGAAAAAAGGGAGAGAGAUUCAGAAAGUGUAGAAUCUGAUAGCAAAAUUACUGGUGUAUCAAGGUCACCACCCAAAUUGCUUAGCAGAGACAUACCUGUUCAAACUGAAAACACAGAGACAGGUCGUGUAAAAGGCCUUGAUGAUACUCGGCAGUGCUUGAAUGCUGAUGAUAUUGAACCCAGAAACGAACCAAAGGUGAUCACAGUGGCACAUGAUAUUGGUCCAAGCAAGGAGGAACCCGUGUCAAGGUCUGAUGUCCAUCCAUCCAGUUCAAGUCAACUGUCAAAAAAGGAUCUCUCACAGAAUGGCCUAAAUCCUGGGCUUCAAAUGACAAGCAUGACAUCUCGUAACAUGAGCAAAAUUGUUGUAGAAAAGAAUAGGAUUUCCCCUACUAAAGCUGAGAUGAGGACAUCUGAAGUUUCGAAUCUAAGGGUUUCUAGAGCUACAGAACAGAAGUUAAAGCCACUCAAUUCCUUGUUACCAAAGGGUUUGACAUCCAUGAGAAACAAGGAGCAAGGAAACAUGGUGUUCAAGAGGAACCCUUCUGUUGACACAAAGAAACAAACACCAUCCUCUCCAACCCUGAAGCGUAAAACAUAUGAGGUUCCUUUUUCUUCUUUUAAAAUAGCAAGAUUAACUCCAUUGAAACGUCUCUCUGCAUCACCGUGCAGCAAAGAUAUCAGAGCAUCCGCAAAAAAAGUUGUUGACGAACAGGUUUGCAACCAUGCGAAUGUGGCAGAUGAGAAGUCCCCUGGGCAUGAUGUUUCUCUAACAGAAAUGGACAUAUCUUCUGCAAUAGAAAAUGACGGCAAUGUUGAAAAGGCCGAGGCAUGUUCUAAAGAACUUGAAGAUAUCUGUAAUGUGCUGAAAAAGAAGCAUGAGGAGGCAAAGGAUAUGCUUGUUCGAGCUAUUGUCAACAACAACAAUCUCCUGAUGCUCAACCAUCCAAUCUAUCAAGAUAAAAUAUCCAUGGUUCAGAAAUUUGCCGCGUUGCUUAUGCAUGAUUAG